UUCCGGAGUCGCAACCUCAGGUCGCGGAGUUCCUUAAAUCUAAAGAUGGCGGCUUCGGGUGUGAGGGGCGCUAUGGCUUUGCGUACGAAUAUUGGCCGGCCCGUUGCGUUUGUCAGAAAAAUUCCGUGGACCGCGGGCCCGAAUGAGCUGAGAGAACACUUUGCACAAUUUGGUCAUAUAAGAAAGUGCUCUGUACCUUUUGACAGAGAGACUGGCUUUCACAGAGGUAUGGGUUGGGUUCAUUUUUCUUCUUCAGAAGAACUUCGGAAUGCACUACAACAGGAAAAUCAUGUUAUUGAUGGAGUUAAGCUCCAUGUUCAAGCUCAGAAACCCAAGGCUUUGCAAGGGGAUCAAACAUCUGAUGAAGAGAAAGAUUUUUGAGACUAUCACUGCCUAUUAAAUAAAGUAAACAAAACUGAAA